AUGACUCAAGGAGUAGGAAAAGAAGAUCCAGAACCCUCCUCCACUCCAUCAGCAGAAGCCAGUCUCUACCCAGUAUCAGCAGCCUAUAUGCAGAGUUACGCAGGAUGGCCACAAAAUUACUCAUAUUUCGGUCAGCCGCUUGGUCCGGCGGCGUUCCCUGGUUGGCCACAGUGCUAUCCCAACCCAGCGUGGUCCAACUAUGCUUCAUCAAAAAAGGGUCGUCAAACAUAUCAACGUUUCCAAACCUCCGUCCUCGAAGCCAAAUUCCAACAGUCCUCCUACGUAUCAAAAAAGCAACGAGAAGAGCUCCGGCUUCAGACACAACUCACAGAUCGUCAAAUCAAAAUUUGGUUUCAAAAUCGACGAAUGAAGGCGAAAAAAGAGAAGCAGCGGGUUGAUGAUCACACGGAGCACACUCCUCUUCUGCCGGCAAAUCCGCCAAAAGGAAUGGGAAUGGAUUUGGAUGAUGAUAAGAAAUGGCAAAUGGCUCAUUGGCCACAAGCAGCUGGACACAAUCCGUAUGGUGUCGCUUAUCCUGGGCUGUGUCCACCGUGA